AUGGUGGGUCUCCCCAUAGACCAUCAAAUCCUGAUCAAUAAUCAAAACAAGCUCGAGGACUCUCGGACUCUUUUUUACUACAACAUUGAGGAGGAUUGCACGAUUCAAGUGAUUUCCCCUAGGCAGAUAUUUAUCAAGACAUGGGAACGAACCAUAGUACUCGAUGUGGAGAAAUUUGAUACAAUUGACAGUGUCAUGAACAAAGUUGGGAAAAAGCUGAGUUUUACUACUGAUUGUCUACGUCUCAUGUUUAUUGGGAAGUCGCUCCAAGGCCAUCAAACUCUAGCAGAUUAUGGUAUCCAAAACUGUACUACUCUUGAACUGGCCAUGGCAUUCUAA